CAGCCGAUAACAACAACAGUCUGGAUGGUGUGCCCGAUCAUUCCAAGAUGGCGGACCUCCUGGGCUCAAUCUUAAACUCGAUGGAAAAGCCUCCAACAGUCGGCGACCAGGAAAGCCGACGAAAGGCUCGAGAGCAAGCAGCAAGACUCAAGAAGAUGGAAGAGGAUGAGAAAAGAAAGAAAGCAGAGUUCAGGAAAAAGAUGGAGAAACAAGUGUCGGAUUUCAUUCAAGACAGUUCACAACAGAAGCAAAAAUACAAUCCUAUGGGGAAGAUUGAAAGGAGUAUACUGCAUGAUGUUGCCGAAGUGGCCGGUCUGACUUCUUUUUCUUUUGGGGAGGACGAGGAAAGUCGAUAUGUCAUGCUUUUCAAGAAGGAGUUUGCGCCUUCAGAUGAGGAGCUGGAAGCUUAUCGCAAAGGAGAGGAGUGGGACCCCCAGCUGGCUGAGCAGCGGCGCAGACUAAAAGAACAAGCUGCAUUGGAGGAAUCCGCAUCCAGUCAAACCAAGAAGGCAGAAACAUGCCCCAAUUCCAACUACAGAGACAAGUACAGCCACCUGAUCGGCACCUCGGCUGCAAAAGAUGCAGCACACACGCUAGAGGCUAACAGGGCUUACGGCUGUGUGCCUGUGGCCAACAAGAGGGACACUCGCUCCAUAGAGGAAGCCAUGAAUGAAAUCAGAGCCAAGAAACGGCAGAAACUAGAGGACGACUCAGGGGCGCACAGCAGCACUUCUUGAGUCUCUACCAUCUUUCUGUCUACUGUUGUGUGUGUGUGUGUGUGUGUGUGGGCGUGAGCGUGUGUGUGUGUGUGUGUGUGUGUGUUUGUGUGUGGGCGCAUUAGUGUGUCUGUGUGCACUGUCUAAUUCAUCCUAUAAUGCAAUAUCUUGUACUUCAGACAUUUAAAAGUAUAACUUAUAAUGACGGGUGUGGAGUCCAGUAUGUUGUGCCACUCUGACUGUUGGAAUCAUGAAAGCUUGUUUAGUGGAGGAUGCUCAGGUGAGUCUGAUCCAGGAGCUGGAUUACUAUACGUGUUUAACGUUUGCUUGUGACGUUCUGUCAAUUAUCAAGCUUCUCGACCGCGAUUGGACCCUAUACACUAUGCGUUUUGAUUCAAAAAAUAUUGUGUCUAGGUGUUCAGGUACUUAAACACACCCGAUGUCUUCAUACAUCACUUUUAAAAGGACAGUUUUGGCAGUGUUUGACAUUUUUAAUGCAGAUGUGCAUUUGUAGUCCUAAGUGACAUUUUUAUCAUGAAAGUAUCUACAGUUUUGAGCUGUUUCGCAGAAACAAAGUUUUAGGCAAAGUGUGGCUGACAAAGUCCCUCUGACAGUUUUCCAAAUAUUCAGUGCAGCUUUUAAAAGGGAAACAGGAAUGCCGUCUAACAACCAGCUUUUGGUUUCAUGGGUUUUUUUUUUUUUCUUAGUCUCAACCUGUUUCAGAUCUUUGUAAAGUCGGAUGCAUGCCAUUUCCUCCAUUUCAAGAGGAAUCUCAUUUUAGAAAAUACUGUUUUGUGGAUUUUUAGGAAUCUGUGAUUAAGUCUGAGAUUUUGUGACUAUACAUCUGCACUGACUGUGAAUAAAACUGUUACUCCAAACUAAAUGUUUUAUUAUUAAGCCAUGUGAUGGUUUGCAAUAGGCAUCACAGCAGGGAGCAGAGGUACAAGACUCACUGUAGGAAUAUUUGUCUCUUUCAUUUGUCAUAUCUUCAAGUACGGCAUCUUGAUGUCUGUUUUAUCAUGGUUGCACUGUUUUAUCCCCCAUGCGUGUUAAUAAAUGGAGAACAGUAUCAGA